AUGGCCCCUUCGCUCCUCCAUCCUCCCAGCCACUUGUCGCCAGCGCAAGCUCUCGAGCUAUCGCAACGCGCUCCUGCAAUCCUCCAGAACUCGCCGCGCACGAUCUCGUCCUCGCCGUUGGCGUCCUUGUUCUCGGCACCAGAGAACACCGAGCUAUGGAUCACCGUCGAGAACCUGCUGCUCUCAUGCCUGCGCACAGGUGACGAGAAGGCGGCCCACGAGUGCUUCGAGAGACUAAUUCUGAGAUUCGGCGACGACAAUGAGCGCAUAAUGGCCUUCAGGGGGCUCUUGAAAGAAGCAGAUGCUCCCGACAACGCCGCGCUAGAGAAGGUGUUGAAAGAAUAUGACGACAUCUUGGCCAAGAACGAGACCAAUAUUCCCAUCACGAAACGACGCAUCGCAUUGCUCCGCACGCUUGGCCGGCCCGCUGAUGCUGUAUCUGGCCUUUCCGCCCUGCUGGACUUCUGCCCCGUCGACGCCGAAUCCUGGGCAGAGCUGGCGGACAUAUAUUGCUCCCAGGGGAUGUAUGCGCAGGCUAUCUACGCCCUUGAGGAAGUCCUAGUGCUGGCUCCCAAUGCCUGGAAUAUCCAUGCUCGUCUUGGCGAGGUCGAGUACAUGGCAUCGACAUCUUCGGGUGCCGACGAAGCUACUUCGCGCAAGUGUCUCGCAGAGUCAUUAAAGCGGUUCUGCCGAAGCAUUGAACUUUGUGACGACUACCUCCGCGGAUACUAUGGGCUGAAGCUGGUCACUUCGAAGUUGCUGGACUCGGCAGCAAAGCCUGGCAAACAACCAGACCCAGAGGAUUUCGCAAUUCCGCCUACUGCCACCAUUGAGAAACUCAAUGAAAAGAGUACUGCUAAAUUAUCUGAAAUUGUGCGCCGCAGUACGGCAAAGGAGAGAGGCUGGACCGGAUUUGAAGAAGCUGAGGUCGAGGCGGCCCGCGAGCUUCUCUCCAAAGAAUCUUCAGGCAUCGUCAGAUGA